ACUAGUUCCGCCAUGUCCGCAGCGUUAGCGAGGCUGCUCUUCUACCCCACGUUAGCCUACAACGUUGUCAUGGAGAAGUUGACGUCGAGACGGUGGUUUGACCGAGUGGACGAGACCGUGGUCCUCGGAGCGCUGCCGUUCAGGUCCCUCACCAAACAGCUGGUAGAAACCGAAAAUGUACGAGGGGUUAUCACCAUGAAUGAAGAGUAUGAGACUAAAUAUUUCUGCAACUCGGCUGAGGAGUGGCGAGCUGCAGGGGUAGAGCAGCUGAGGUUGAGCACGGUCGACCUCACCGGCGUUCCCACCCUGGAGAACCUGCGCCUAGGCGUGGAGUUUGCCCUGCAGCACCGAGGGCGGGGGAGCAGCGUGUACGUCCACUGCAAGGCCGGACGCUCCCGCAGCGCCACCAUGGCUGCUGCCUACCUCAUUCGGCUACACAGCUGCACUCCGGAGGAAGCCUGUCAGAAGCUGGCGUCUGUUCGACCGCACGUCCUGGUGCGCUCGGCCCAGCUGGAGAUGCUGAGGAAAUACUACCAGCAGGUGUGUGAACAGCCCAGCUAAGAGGGCCGGGCGGCGGGUCGGACCUCGUUAUCCUCCUACAGCUGCUGGAAGACUGGACUCAGGGCCUUGGACAGUCCUCCAUAUCAGAAUGUAGACACCCUGAAGAAAAUGACAAACUACUUGUUCAACCCCAACAUUUUUAAAUCAAAUUCCCAUGUUUUUUACUGGCAAAUGGCAACAUAACAACACAACAUAUCAGAAGGCAACAAAAAAAAGUAAUAUUGUCAUGGAGAGUUCUUUUUAUAACCCUUAUCACAUAAAACCUGCAACUUCUUUCCUCUACUACCUGGUUUCUUGCUUGUGGUUGAAACGUGUAAGAAAUGUUAAAACGUGUUAAAAACUUUGUUCUUUCACAAAUAUGUGCUCAUUCAUGUGAAAUUCCUUCCAACUAAUCAAAGUAUUCUCGUAAGCUUAGAAUCUGCCAUUCAGAAUCAUUUAAAGUACAUGUUGUACAUGAUCCGUUCUGCACAUGCACAAGAUGUUUGCACAUGUGCAGAUGAGAUAGCACAUGUGCCAUCACCUGCUGUUAGCAUCCCAUUGACUGUCAUUCAUUUUGACGUCACUUUGACAGCGAAUAACUCUACGUCUGAAGUGUUUAAAGACUGUCUAUUUUUAUUUCUAAAAAAACACAACAGUGCAGUUGCAGGUGAUCAAAGGUUUGAAUCUCGGUCAGGGCGGGUGUAUCCAGGUGGGCCCCUAGGCAAGGUCCUUAAAGCUACUGCCCUAUAUGUACAGUGCCUUACGAAAGUAUUCGGCCCCCUUGAACUUUUCAACCUUUUGACACAUUUCAGGCUUCAAACAAAGAUAUAAGUUUUUUAUUUUUUGUGAAGAAUCACCAACAAGUGGGACACAAUUGUGAA